AUGGGCACCAGGGCAGUGGUCGCGCCCCACCCUGUAUGGGGGCUGCUGGGCUGCUGUUUCUUCUGCAGCUGGGCUCUGGGGGACCCACGGCCCCUCCGCUCUCUGCCGCCACUGUCCUCCCAAGUCAAGCCGGGCUCCGUACCUAUGUGGGUACCCCCAGAGGGGGCUGAGGCAGCCCUGGCUUUUCUCUACUCUGGAGAUGCCCAACAGCUGUCAGGGGCUAAUUGCACUGAGCGCUACGAAGCCCACGGCGCAGGAGCCAGACCGGGGCUCCCCCCAGUCCUGUGGAGGGCAGCGGGCACCCUUGCCCAGGCCGCCAAUUUCCUCAACAUGCUGCUACAAGCCAACGACAUCCGCGAGUCCAGUGUGGAGGAGGAUGUGGAGUGGUACCAGGCACUGGUCCGCAGCGUGGCCGAGGGGGACCCAAGGGCGUACCGGGCUUUCCUGAUCUUUAACCCUCCGCCAGGGGCCAGCCACCUGCAGCUGGCCCUGCAGGCCACCCGGAUAGGGGAGGAGACCAUCCUUCAGGACUUGUCUGGAAGCAGGGUACAGGAGGAGAGCCCAACCGGGGCCCCGGACACCUCUGCCCUGCAGAAGCGGGUGCUGACCAAUGACCUAGGGAGCCUCGGCAGCCCCAAGUGGCCACAGGGGGACGGCUAUGUGGGAGACAUGCAGCAUGUGAAGCUAUCACCCCCCUUUCUGGAAUGCCAGGCCGGCCGGCUCCGUCCUGGCUGGCUUAUCACGCUUUCUGCCACCUUCUAUGGACUCAAGCCAGACCUCAGCCCAGAGGUCAGGGGGCAGGUGCAGAUGAUCGUCGAUCUUCAGAGCGUGGACAUCAAUCAGUGUGCCAAUGGGCCGGGCUGGUACUCUAACACACACCUGUGUGACCUCAACAGCACCCAGUGUGUCCCCCUGGAGAGUCAGGGCUUUGUCCUUGGCCACUACCUGUGCCGCUGCCGACCCGGCUUCUACGGGGCAAGCCACUCCGGGGGGUUAGAAGAGAGUGCCGCCCAGCCUACUGGGCAAUUCGGGUCCCCUCAGGGCAGCUCUGGGAGGCUGCUGCGGUGCCGGCCAUGUGCCGAGGGCUGCACCAGCUGCGUGGAUGCCACGCCGUGCCUGGUGGAGGAAGCUCUGGGGCUGCGGGCCGCGGUCCUGGCCUGCCAGGCCUGCUGCAUGCUGGCCGUCUUCCUGAGCAUGCUGGCCUCCUACCGCUGCCGCCGAAGCAAGAGGAUCCGAGCCUCUGGAGUUGUCCUGCUGGAGACCAUCCUUUUUGGAUCCCUGCUUCUCUACUUCCCUAGCCAGCAUCGGGAGAGAGACUGGGUGCUGUUCCACAAAGCGGGGGGCCCAAGGCAGCACUGCUGUGGCAGCGCGCCCCCAUACUCUCUGGCCUCCCUGCUCGACUGGGGCCUCAGGUCAGCCUCUUCCCAGGGGAGCAGAGCCCAGAGGGUUUUAUCAGACAACGGGCUUAGACCACCAAGUUUCCUUAUUUCCUACCCACUGAGCCUCUCAUUUGGGUUCCGUGACUAUGACCCUCCUAAGCAGAAAAAGAAGAGUAAAGACGCUCUCCCGAGGAGGCCGGAGCGAGCUCGAGGGGCGCCCCUGUCAGCCCCACCUUCCCCCGCCAAGAGCCACAGUGUGCACGGCUCCCAUGCCGCCGCCGGGAGGCUUCAGGAGGAGGCCACGAAAAGGCUGCCUCACCCGCCCGUCCGGCACCAGGUCUCCACACCCAUCAUGGCCCUGUCCGGGGCCUGCCUGGGAGAGCCGAGGAUGCUCUCCCCCACCUCCACCUUGGCUCCGGCUCUGAUGCCGGCUCCAGCCCCAACCCCGACCCCGCUGCCCGCCCUGGCACCAGUCCCGGUACCCCCCCAGAGCCCCAGCUUGCUCACCUUCAUCUGCCCCUGGGAGAACGCAGAACUGCCGGUCAAGAAAGGAAAUGUAGCUCCAGAGGGCCCCGCGGGGCCAGAGCGAGGCAACCACUCCCCUGCCCCGGCUCGGGCCAAGCUCUGGAGGGCCCUCUCAGUUGCAGUUGAGAGAAGAGGGACGGGGGAGAGUGGGAUGGCCACAGAGGAUGGACGUCUCCAAGGGGAAGCCGGUGAGGGGGACGAAGACAAGUCCAAGGUCUUCUCUAAAUCCCACAGCCUCAAGACCCCUGUUCAGCAGGGUUCCAUGCACAGUCUCGGCCUGGCUAUCAAAGCUCUGACCCGUUCUCGGAGCACUCACAGAGAGAAGGAGAGCGGGGAAGGGAGUCCUGAGCCGGAGGAGAAGGGCAGAGCCUCGGGAGAGGGCGUGGGGGCCUGCCCCCGAUCUCCCAGGCUAGGCCGGCCCAAGGCCGUGAGUAAGCAGGCCGCCGUCGCACCCUGUGACGAUGAGGAGACCCUCCAGAACCAACAGAACGCUCACACCAGCAGAAUGCUCCAAGUCUACCACCAGGAGGGCAGCAGGGAACAAGAAGAGGGAGGCAGGAGGGCAUCCCAAGGUCCCGGAGAGGCAAAAGUAGAGAGAGACGGUAAAGCGGGUUCUGCUGCACUGAGGCAAGCCAGGCAGGGCACAGUCGGGGACAAAACUGCCGAGCGAGCAAAAGAAGCCCCCGUGGGCUGGCGGGAACCUCCCAAAGCUGGCCUCCAGCCCACGGGCAGUGCUGACCGCAGGAUGGCAGAGGUAUGCCCCAGGGAAGUCGCCCAGUCAGAAGCAAGUCAGCCUGACCGUGGCAACAAGGCCCAGAUCUGCCCCUGGGAGGUGAGUGAAGGGGCCCCUGAGAAGGGGACACAACAACAAGCUCUAGAUGACUCCCAAGAGAGAAGGAAGGCGUCGGAAAAGUCAGGGCCCCAAAACGUGGCUGUCGUUGCUCGGAAAAAGCCAGAGAGGCUGGUCAGGGGGCAGGAGGUGGUAUGUCCCUGGGAGGGUGCCGAUCCUGGGAGUCUGUGCUCUUGGUCAGCCUCUCAGGACGCUGACAGAAACGACGGCAGGUCUGAGGCAGCUGGCCGGCGAGAUGCUAGAGAGGUGGAGAAGCCUCAGCAGGGAGCCACAGGCCCAGGAGCUUGUAUAUCUGACACUACCAAGGCAGAGCUCUGUCCCUGGGAGGCAUGUGAAGGAGAGAAUGGAAAACCAUUCCAGGAGGGAGUGAAGCUUCCCCAGGAAAAGCAGGAAACCCCCAAGAAAGCAACCUUCUGGAAAGAACAGAAACUGAGUGGAGACUUGGAGUCUUUUUGUCGGUGGGAGAGGACAGAUUUCCGGGGUCCCUCAGCAGUCUCUACUCCAGCCCCGGGAACCCCUGUGUGCUCCGGGAGUUUGGGCAGUAGCGUCUCGGAGGUGUGUCCAUGGGAGGCAGGAGAUGCUCCCGUCAGGAAAGCAGAGGUCUGUCCCUGGGAGCUGGGUGAUGAGGUAGUGGGGAAGGAACUGCCGAGUCAGGGGACAGGUGGAGAAUUUCUCCAGGGAAAGGGGAAAGCCUCUAGAAAAGGGCUCUUUGGAGAGAUGGGGGAACAAACUGGAAAAGCAGUGCAGAAAAGUAGUCAACAGCAGGAGUCAGUGUGUCCCCAGGACAGCACAGCCCCUGGGCACCCCAGCCCAUGUCUAGAUAAUUUCUCAGCCAAAGGUGGUGGCCAACUCCUCAGCAAUGGAGGAAGCAGGGCAACACAGGUAUGUCCAUGGGAAGAUCCCAGGCCAGAGCUGAGGGAAGUAACACCUGCCAGGGCAGAACUCUGUCCCUGGGAGGUAAAUGAACGAAUAAGAGAGGACUGGACAUCAGGACAGGCAGCAAAAGCAGGAGAAUCUCCAAAGGACAAGGAGAAAAUGCCUGGAACAUCAGGAAUCAAAGAUGGUGCAGCUUGGGAAAAGCCUGAGGGACAGCUCCAAAAUACGGAAACAGUCUGUCCUUGGGAGAAUGUGGACCCUGGCAGCUUCUCCCCACAACCAGGUCCUCAAGACACAGGUAGAGCCAAAGCCAGUUUCCACAUGUCAGGCAGCAUGGGAGGCAAAACUGCUGAGAUCUGUCCAUGGGACAUGGAAGAAACCAUGCGUGCUGAGAAGGCUGAGGUCUGUCCCUGGGAGGUGAGUGCUGGAGCAAGGCAGGAAAGAGCUUUGGGAGUUGAAGCCAUUAGGAAAUUUCCAAAUGACACAGGAAAGGCUUCUGCAGGUCCUGGACCCGGCGAGAUAGCUGUUACCUCUCCAAAGAAGCCGGAGAGGCCAGCCUGGGAGCAGGAGGUGGCCUGUCCCUGGGAAAGCUUGGAUCCAGGGGGCUCCUCUCAGCAUUCGGACACUCUGGGCACUGACAGACCAAAAGGUGGACUCCAGGAAAUGGACCAUGUGGGGUGCAGGGCAGCUGAGGUGUGUCCCUGGGAAGUGGAGGAAGCACCUACCAGUGAGAAAGCCAAGAUCUGUCCCUGGGAGGUGAACGAAGGAGCUACUGGGACAAGAUUGGAACAAGAAAGGGGGAGUGACUCAGCAGGACAGGAGAAAAUUCUAGAAAAGGGGAGACUCCCCUCCCUGGGAGAAGACAGAUCAAAAUGGGAGACAAAACAGAGUCAAGAAGAGGAAGCUAGUUGUCCUUGGGAGAAGGACUUGAGGGCUCCCUCUGCUCAGGGCCCUGAGGUCUCAGACUCAUCCCUCAGCACGAGUGGCAACAUGAAAGAGGGACAUUCCUUGCAAGCGAGGGAUGAGGCAGUGGAGGAAGGGGACCUGACACAAGAUGCAAAGAUGGGCUCCUUCCCAGAACACAGAACCCCAGUAGAAGCCCUGUCUUCAAAAGCAGGAGAAUUCACUACUGAAGAUAGGGGGAAAGCAAGCAAAGAACUACAAUCUGUCCGUCCACGGGAGAGCAUGACCCCGGCAGGUGAUUCCUCCCACCCGGACGGUCAAUGCCGUGACCAACCUAAGGCCGGCUCUCAGGACCUGGCUGGCGUUGGGGGCAGGCUUGCUGAGGUGUGCCCGUGGGAUGAUCCUAACCCUGAUGGCAGCGCCAAAGCUGAUAUCUGCCCCUGGGAGGUGACUGAAAGGGUCCCUGACGAAGGGAUGGCAAGACAGGAUGGGAAAGGGACACCUCAAGAGAAGGGGAAGGUCCCAGGAAGACCAGAGCCCCAAAUUGUGGCAGUUCAGGAAAAGCCAGAGAGGGCAGAUGGGAAACAGGAGGCGGUGUGUCCCUGGGAGAGUCAGGAUUGUGGGGGUCCGUCUCCGCAACCAGCCCCACAAGCUUCUGCCAGAAGCGAAGGCAGUUCGGAGGCAGCAGGCAGUGUGGGGGCCAGGGUGGCAGAAGUGUGUCCGUGGGAAGCAAGAGAGUCUCCAUCUGCUAAAGAAGCAGACAUCUGCCCUUGGGAGGCGAAGACAGAAGCUGCUGAGAAAGGGGGACUGGAACAAGAGGUGGACGGAAAAUCCCAAGGGCGAGGAGAGAUGAUCCCUCAAAAGGCGGCAUCUCCGAGGACUGAAGAACACUUUUCAAAAGCAGCAGCAAUAGUCAGCAGAGAGCAGGCGACAGUCUGCUCAGGUUCCGGGGAGCUCCUCCCCCAGCCAGAGGCUCCGGACACUGACCAACCCCAAGUCAGUCCCCACGGAGUAAGCAGUAUGGGGAGCAGGAUGGCAGAGCUGUGUCGAUGGGAAAUCACAGAUCCAGAAGGAAAUAAAAUAAAGGGCACCAUGGCAGACAUCUGUGAUUGGGAGGGAACCGGAGCCCCACCUGAGGAAUCUGGCCUUCUGGCUUUAACAGCAACUCAGACAGAAAUAUUUUUCCCCCCAGCCCCUGAGAACCCACCAUGCCUUUUAGUCCACAGACCUCCGGGUAGCUUCCUUCCAGAGAGCAAGAGCCCCCGCCCUGAGGGGAGCAAGGCAGCCACUACUUUUACUCUAGAAGGGGUCCGAGAACUCCAAGGAGCUUCAGGACACGAGCCAAGGACCAGCUCAGUCCCAGAGCCAAGUCUCCAAGAAGCUGAGGCUCACGAGUCUUCCUCCUUCGCUGAAGACAAAGAAGUGGCUUCUAUAGCUCCAUAUGAAGAACUCUCCCCUCCAACUGUCUAUCCUUGGGACUGCGAGUAA